GCCAUAAAUUUGUUGAGACGUCAACUCCAUUUACAAGGAAUAGGCAUUAACAGAGAAGGUCUACUUCUUCCACGCGUACUCAUAAACAUUUCUGUUGUGGGAAUAAAGUUUUCUAUCAACUAUUGAGGCCUCAUGAUCCUCUAAUCCAAGGAUUAACUAUUUGCACCACCAGACUUGCCUCAGCCCAAUCAAACCUCAAUAUUUUGAGGUGAUACUGUGGCUGGCUCACAACAGACGACUGAAGACUGGCCUCAUGAAAGCUUGGACGGAGAUAACCUCUAACACUCCUCAUAAGUGCUCCAAAUAGAGGGAUCGACAUUAUAAAGCCCACACAUACUGCCUCUCACAUUAUUGUCACCCAACACAGUGUGUUAUGGAGCAGGCUAUGAACCCUUGGGAUGUGUUUGUGAUUGUGACUUUGCUUCUUAUAAGUGUUCCAGCGCAUUGGAUCAAUGCUCAAAGUCAUGGUUCCAUGGCACAUGGGUUCCAAAAGAUCAUUCGAGACAGAGACUCUUGUAUUCACCUCACUCAAACAUCGGCGGUGGACAAGACGAUGGCAAUUCCACCAGAUUGGGAGGUCCCAACAUACCAUCCACCUUUUACGACCACGUCCAGACCGCAUUGGGACAAACCAGACUUUUCCACUACUACUACUACUACGCCUUCUUCAUCAUCUGAUAAUUCGACGUUAACGGAAAAGCCCAGUACUUGCUCCUACUCUUCUGAAUGUGGGGAUAUGAUUUGCAACAACGCCAAGAUUGAGGCCAUUCCAACUGAGGAAAUUCCGGCUAAUCUGUCCAUGUUCCAGGUGUCCCAAACCCAAUUACAUGUUCUUGACUAUGGCGUGUUCCAAGGGAAGAGCAUUGAAGCAAUUAUCAUUCAGGAUAACCCUCUGGAUCAGAUCACCGAGGGAGCUUUUGACGGAGUGGGAGGACUCAGAUUUCUCAUGAUUAAGGGCAAUGACCUCAAGGUGGUUGAAUACCAAUGGGCCAACUUCUUCAUCCCGUUCCGCGGGUUAGAUGAUUUGGAAGCGCUUGUCUUGGACCAUAAUCUGCUCGAUCUGGCGGGGGUUGGAAUAGAAAUGAGUGACUACAGUAAGAUCCUGCCCUCAGUGUUGUAUUUAAGUUUACGAAGCAACCCACUGAGACGGAUCGAAAGGAACUUUUUCACACCCUUGUUCGACAGCCCUUUGCGUUCCUUGGACCUUCAAAGUGGAUCCCUCGAAACAAUUCAUUCAGAGGCCUUCAAGCCAUUAAUACAACUUCGUGAGAUCAACCUGUAUAACAACUAUAAGUUGUUCCAAGCGUCUGGGGUCAAUUCAACGUUUCCCCAUUUCACUCUGAGCCCAUUGAAGCAUCUAAAUACGGUCAACUUUGGAGCCAACCUUUUGACAUCUGUACCUUGGAAUCAUUUGAGGGUUGUCAAUGGCACUCUGCUUCAUCUCAUUUUGACGGGGAACGUGUUUAUUGAACUUGGCAUGAACAACUUGGAACACGGAGCUGAGGAUACAUUUCCCCAUUUGCCCCAGUUGAAGACUCUCGUUUUGGACGCUUGCCGAAUUCAAGUCAUUCAGCAAUCGGUCUUUGAGAACCUGCCCAAAUUGAGGACAUUAUCAUUGAAACAGAAUCCUCUUUUUACCAUUCCAACAGCAGCGGUGAUUCCAAGUCUUCGAGCUUUAUAUUUUGAAGGUUUCGAAGAAAUGUUCCGAGACGGGGAUAAGUUCUACUUCGAGGGACCGUCAUUUCAGAGCAAAGGAUUCCAGUCAAAUUUAGAAACGUUAAGCAUCACACACUCUGAAAUGGAACUGAUCACACCCGAGAGUUUCCAUGGUUUGGAGAAGUUAUCCAAAUUGGUCUUGGAUUUUUCGACCUUUGAAGGGAUUGCCAACGGUGCUUUCUCGUCGUUGAAAAGGCUGGAAAAGUUGUCGUUAUACUCUGCCUUGGGCUUGAACGAGGUCCCAGUCACCCUAUUAACAGGACCCAAGAAGUUAACAGUCCUCGACCUGACCUUCAUACCCAUUUCAUCUGGCAAUUACCAUGCAGCCGUGGCCGAAAAGGCCGCCCGUCAAUGCAUCGAUGAUUACCCAUUGGACACCGUGCAUGUUCUAAAUCUUACCGGAUCCUUGAUCAACCUAGCCGAUCCCAUGGAAUAUCUGGCUUUGGAAUCGAUGCCUCAACUCAGAGUCUUGAACAUUAGCCAAAACCGAAUUAUUUCUUGGAAGUCACCCGCGUUUCAAUCCAACCCGCACAUGUAAAUACUCCAAGUAACCGAGAAUCACGACAUCAUCAAUCUGACCAAAGGCAUGCUGGAUGACAUUGCUCCACUGAAGGAAAUCGAUUUCCGCAACAGCUUCUUCGAGUGCAACGAGAAUAUACCGCGGUUCCUUCAGAUGAGCGAACGACCCAAUUCCACGCUCCUGAUCCACGGAUUCAGCCUAGGAUACGGCUACUUCUGUCGUCGUCCUAACGGGACCAAAGUGUCGUUCCGAGAUUACGCUGAGCAAGGCUUCGAUCUGGAUGAUGGCAUUCAAGCUGGGGAGAACGAAAAUUACACUGCACUGAUAUCUUCUCUGCUAGCUUCCAUUGCCGCUAUGACUGUCUUGAUGGUUCUGGCCAAUACGGCCUAUAAGAACCGGUGGUAUUUUGAAUACCAAUGGGCCAAGAGGAACGUUCAGCGUCAGAGGCAGAAGGGCGACUCGGAUUCGUUCCAGUAUCACACAUUCAUCUCUUACAACAAUGAGGACAAGGACUUGGUUCACAACUUCGUUCUACCGGCCUUGGAGAAUGAGGUGCCGAAUGUUCGGGUUUGCAUUCACGAGAGGGAUUUCGUCGUGGGUAAGAGUAUCAUCGAGAACAUCGUGUCGAGCCUCGAAUCCAGUCGGACCUGCAUCAUCGUGCUCUCCAAAGACUAUGCCAAGAGUGAGUGGUGCCGUUUUGAGGCUCAGAUGGCCUUGAGAAUGUUCCAAGAGGAUGAGCGCACCUCCAAGAUGAUUGUGGUCAUUGUUAGGAAUCGUAUUCCGGGACCUCACCUGAAUAAGACUCUCAAGACUAUCAUCAAAUUGAGAACUUAUCUGGAGUGGAACGAUCCAGAGGAGGGCUCGUCCCCUUCGAAGAGGACUUUGAACACAUUCUUUAAAAGACUGAGGUUUUCUUUAGAUUGCUUAAAUCCUCACGAGGAGAGCAUCUCGAUCAACGAUACAGAUCUGUUGUCUUUCUUUUAAUUAAGUAUUCAAAUCGCACAAGUGGAGUACGGCGUAUUUUUCAUAUUAGAAUGACAUACUAAGACUUAUUGGUAGGAUAGGAUCGGCAUUUUACGAUCGUGUUAAUUCGUCACAAGGGAUUCUAUAAAAGCAUGAGAAUCCAUUCAUCUGUUCAUACGGAAAUAAAUUUCAGUAUAGUCCCCUGACGCUGCACGAAAUAUGUUUUACGUUCUGCACUCCAGAGGGCGCUUUGUCAUUCAGCCUCUACCAAAUAAAGGGCCGAUUGGGCCAAUUCCUUGUUAUUGAA